ACAUUUGGACAACACUGUUUUCUUUUCUUAAAACAACGUUUACGUUUUGCUCGGUGUGUAUUUUAUAAAAAAAUUAACUAAAAAUAUGGAUUUCCAAAAUCGCGCCGGUGGCAAAACCGGUAGCGGUGGCGUCGCCUCAUGGUCGGAGUCAAAUCGCGAGCGCAAGGAGCGACUGCGACAGCUGGCGCUUGAAACCAUCGAUCUGAACAAGGAUCCUUAUUUUAUGAAAAACCAUCUCGGUUCCUAUGAAUGCAAACUCUGUUUGACGCUGCACAACAACGAGGGCAGCUACUUGGCCCACACCCAAGGCAAAAAGCAUCAAGAGAACUUGGCCCGCCGUGCCGCCAAAGAAGCCAAGGAGGCACCCUCAUCACUGCUAGCGCCGGAGAAACCGCGUGUGGAGCCGAAGAAGUUUGUGAAAAUCGGACGUCCCGGCUAUCGGGUAACCAAACAGCGUGAACUCUCCAAUGGCCAGCAGUCGUUGCUUUUCCAAAUCGAUUAUCCCGAGAUCAGCGAAGGUGUUGUGCCGCGCCAUCGUUUUAUGUCCGCCUACGAGCAAAAGAUUGAGCCCCCAGAUCGUAAAUGGCAGUACUUACUCUUUGCGGCUGAACCAUACGAGACAAUUGGCUUUAAAGUGCCCUCGCGCGAGGUCGACAAGACAGAGGGCAAGUUCUGGACACAUUUGAAUCGAGAUACCAAACAAUUCUUUUUGCAAUUUGCAUUUAAAUUCGAACCCAAGAUCUUGCCGCCGCCACCACCGAAUCUACAUCGUGCCUUGGGACCACCAGCCGGUUUUCCAAUGCCUGGGCCACCUCGUCCAGCCAUGCAUCCUAUGUUCAACGGUGUGCCGCCGCCUCCACCCAUGUAGAAGAUCAGCUGUAAACCUCUCUUUCAGUAGCAAUAAAUUUUUAAUCUAUAACAAAACCUUCGUUGUAUUCUUUUUUACAAUUAAGGAAAGUCAAUAAAUCGUAUUCACAAAUUUGUAUA